AUGCGGAUACCACCCCAAGUUCCUGACGAUGCCACUGAGCCCAUUUGGAAAUUGGCUACCAGAGCGGCGAUCAAACUCAUGUCGACAGCGCUAUACUCAAAGCGAUUCAUCGGCGCGUCGGCGCUACUGCUGUACGGAUACGCGUCGUACCCGAUUGCAGAGCCCACUAGUACACACUCGCUUCGACUGGCACAAGGUCUCGACGCCCAUGAACUCGACCGCAACGACCCGUUUGCCAUCAAUGUGCGGGAAAUCGCAGCCCGUGUGGGCGUAAAGAACCCGGAACGAAUCUCCAUCCGCGUAGGCGAGCAGUCCGCCGGUGCCUCCAUGGGAGCCAACCUCACUGUUGGCCAGCGUGGAGCAUGCAUCGUGCUGCCCAUGGAGCUGUACGACGCUUUCUAUGCGCCGGCACAUCUGCAUGCAAAGUACGACAUUCCCAAGCGCGACGAGAUUGACUUCGUUCUAGCACACGAAAGUGCUCACAUUGCCAAGAACCACUCCAUGUUCACGGGUGCCUUCCUUCCGGCAUCGCUGGUGGGUAGCUGCGUUGCCAUCCACAAGAUCCCGAACAAACUCGUUGCGGGAAUCAUUGGCGUGCUGGGUAUCGUUGGUGGCAACUUGUACUUGUCCUGGAGUCUGGAGCACGAAGCCGAUCAGGUGGCAGCCGAGAGUGGCUUUGCACGAGGCGGCAUCAAUUGCUUCGAGCGGAAACUGUCUCGCAACUGCGAGAUGCGUUCAGUGCUUAAGACACGAAUGAUCACUGACAAAGGCAAUUACUUAGGCGACACUUCACACCCGCUGCUGACGUCGCGCAUCGAGCGACUUAAACUGCUGACCUCUGCUGAGACGAUAAAACUUGUUGUCACCACAGAGGACGAUAGAGGUGAAGACGAAACGUGCUGA